AUGAGUCCCGCUUUAGAUGGGUCCCGUACAUACAAUCAUGAUUACCGCCCCCUGCGUCUGGUGUAUGUCAAUCGAAAUUCUGAACAGGAACGCGAGGUCAAAAUAGCAAACCCCCUUCAGACUCCGAAUCGAGUCGCCAGGAGUCGAAUCCUCAUGAUGACGGAGGCAGCAAAAACGGAGUCGUCUUCUGGAUUGCAAAGCCGAGAGAAUGAGGAGGAUGCUCCAGUGUACUGUGCGCUGUCCGAAAGGGAGAAGAUCGGGUCAAUCAUUGUCGCGUCGAUGAUCUCGUUUCUCAGCCCUGUCUCCGGCAAUAUCUACUACCCAGCAAUUGAUGCCUUGUCUCGAGACCUUCAUGCUUCCAGAAACACAAUCUAUCUGACCAUCACAGUGUACAUGAUUGUGCAAGCCUUUGUUCCGCUCCUCACAGCCAGUUUCUCAGAUCAAAAUGGCCGCCGGCCAAUAUUCAUUACCUGUCUUGCCGUGUAUAUCUGUGUGAAUAUCGGACUAUGUCUACAGAAUAGCGUACCUGCUCUUUUUGCCCUUCGGUGUUUGCAGAGCGUGGGUAGCAGUGGUGUCUCCAUCGUGGCUACUGCCACAAUUACCGAUCUAAUCACUCGUGCGGAACGAGGGAAGUACAUGGUCUACGCAUCGCUGGGGUUAACUUUGGGGCCGGCCGUGGGACCCUUGUUGGGAGGUGUGCUCACGCAGUUCCUGGGAUGGCGGAGCAUCUUCAUCUUCCUCGCAAUCGUGGCAGCCGUUCUGAUCGUUCUGGUCAUGGCUUUUCUUCCCGAGACCUGCCGGGCCACCGUAGGCAAUGGUAGUAUCCCUGCGCCCUGGUGGAAUCAAUCCGGUCUGCAGUGGCUGCGACAAUCUUCUUCAGCCCAUAGGAAGACUGCGGAGGAUCACCGGACACUACUUACCUUCCGCCGUCGGCCGUCCCUCUGGGAUAGUAUCCGAAUCAUACGGCAAAAAUCGACUGGCCUGCUAAUCUUGGCAAGCACGAUGCUCUCGUGUGGCUCAGUGUUAGUCCUGGCCAGCAUCCCCCCGCUUUUCGAGGCGCACUAUCACUUCAACGCGUUGGAGGUAGGCCUCUGCUAUAUUCCCUACGGGGUAGGGGGGCUAACCGCACGGUGGACCAUGGGCACUCUGGCGGACCGCAACUACAACCGAUGUGGGCGCCAGGAAGGCAUCACGAUCGUGCGCAACCAGCAGACCUCUGAACAGCUACGAGCGAUGCCGCUGGAGAGAGCGCGCCUGCAGCUUGCGCUGCCUAUGCUUUAUGUAUCUGGAGUACUCGUGCUAGUGUACGGAUGGAUUAUGCAGGAGCGGGUGCAUGUUGCGGGCCCCUUGAUCUUACUGUUCCUCCUCGGAAAUGUCAUCACUGGUACGCGCAACGGUCUGGUCAUGUUGAUCAUAGACCUGCACGCCCAGCGUCCUGCCACAGCCAGUGCGUCUCUUGGGUUCUUCAGGUCCCUUACCGGUGCCGGCGUGGUGGCAGGGGUGGUGCCGUUGAUCCAAGCCAUUGGUGUGGGAUAUUCCGCCACCCUAGUUGCGGCAGUCUGGUUGAUAGUAUCUCCUGCAUUGUACGUGGUGUAUCGCCACGGGCAUGACUGGCGACAGAAGGGGCAUUCGUGA